CAAAAGUCGUAGUGCAAAGCGUCAGCGAGUUUGAGUGAGCUGGUUCUGUGAGUGACCUUGAUCCCUUCGCGAGUUUUCUGUGACAGCUUCGCGGCUCGCAACAGGCAAGCAACCGAUACCAUAUCCAGUCAGUACUAAUCGAAUCAUCGUACGAGUGCGAUAUACGGAUCGACGUUCGCCGAACGUGAGAACAAGAAUAAGAAGAAUUACGGGAAGAGGAAUAAGAAUGAAGAUCCUCAGCGGUGUUCUACUCGUCGCUGUGUGCCUUGUCGCCAGCACCCACGCCUUCCCUGGUGUGCGUGACGCGGACAGCGACGAAAAGAAGGUGGACACUGUCCUUAUUUUACCGUCCGACCAACUGAUGGGGGCGACCGAUUUCGACGACACCGACAGCGCGGAAAACCCGUUCUGGGGUUGGAACAGCAUGAUCAGAUCGAACCUGAUGGAUAGAUGGUACUCGAACAUACAAGCAAUGAAGGCUCAAAUGAGACGGUUGGCGAAUAUGAUGGCGGCUGGCAUCCUCUCAAGCAUUUCGGAUGAGGACACUGGCAGCCCUUGGAUCAAGAUUCCAGAAGGAGCGAACACCACUUCGACCACCAAGGUUGUCGACGGACACGUAGUGACCGUGAAUGAAACGACGUACACCGAUGGUGACGACGAGAGCGGCAUUGUGAUCAGAGUCCGCGUCAUCGACGUUAGACCGGAGAACGAGACAAUUUUGAGAACCGAGAGCGAAGAGGAUGUCGAAGUAACCACCCUGCCCAGCAGAAGGCGCACAACCACUGUGACCACCAGAGUCGGGGAUGGUACCACGGCCUCGCGUAGCGUCGAGACCGUCGAGGACCUCGACAACGAAAUAUCGGGAAACCAAGUGGAGACCCUGAACGCUUAGGGGAAGUUUGAAUGAACAGCGACGUCAGAUUGAAUCCGAAAGUCAACUUCGUCGAUUAAGAAUUUCGCAGUACCGUGUUUUAUAUUAUUUGCGAAAGGAGCAUUAAAUACACGGUUGAUUCCAUAAAUCCAGAUUAAAAAUUGUGAUAUGCUUUCGUGGAAAAUAAAAUAUUUAAAGAAGAGGAAUGAAAUUCAGGUCUGCAUUUAUUAAGUGCCUUGAGCUUUCAACUAAAUUUCGUUUAUUAAAUUAAUUUCGUUAAUUUCGGCUUCUCGGGUUCAAGCUGAUGACAUUAAGCAGGAGAAAUUGUAAAAAUAUGAAACAACAGAUAUCGUAGAGAGUUAGAAACUAUAUACUGCAUGUUCCAUAGUUAUGUAUUUAAGAACCGUAAACGAAGUCGAUCGUUGUUAAUAUUUAAUACAUCGCGGAGAGGGAAGAACUAUGUUACGACGAAGAAGCUUCGCGUUCGGCAAUCCUAUAAAUUACCAGCGGUAGUGAAACUAUACUACAGAUUGUAUACGAUCUAUGAUAUUCGAAAAACGAACACGAGAAACCCUUUUCCUUAUUUUUAUUUUUUAAAUAAGAACAAACUGUUGAAAACUGUGUCCCUCUCUUCAAUCCCGAAUGUCUCCUCAGAAUAUGAUAAAAAUUUUAUACUUGUAUUUCCUUGUGCUAAUAAAUAAUUGGAAAACAAUGUU